UUGACUACUACGUCGAUAGUCUAGGCUUUGUAGUCUUUACUACAAGCGCCAUGUCCACCCCAGACAGACAGGAACUUGUCCGCAAUGCAGUGACAUUUCUCUCUGAUCCAAAGACUCAAAGCUCGCCGCUCGCUCAGCGUAUCCAGUUCCUGGAAGCCAAGGGCCUCACAAACGCUGAGAUCGAGGAUGCCAUGAGACGAUCAGUUGCGAAUUCAAGCGCUGCUGGUUCGUAUAUGCAGAGAUAUCAGACGCAGUAUCCUCCCUACGGACCCGCCCCAUAUCCCGCUUACCCUGGCCCCGCGUCUCAGUGGGACUGGCGGGACUACUUCAUCACCGCUGUUGUUUCUGGGACUAUUGCUUACGGCGCGGUCGCCUUGUUCAGAAAAUACGUACUCCCCCAUCUCCGACCCCCAAGUUCUACGGCGUACGAACAAGAUCGGGAAGAACUUCAGGCCGCAUUCGACUCGGCUGAGGCGAUGCUCAAAGAGAUUCAAGCAGAAACCGCCGCUGUCCGGGCAGGCAUGGAGGAGACCAAGGCUGAAGUGACGAAAACUACAGAGAAAGUGAAUUCUGUAAUUCAGGACAUGGAAGAUGCGCAAACUAAGUCGAAAGACGAAAUGAGGGAAAUACGUGAUGAAAUCCAGAAUAUCCGCGAAAUGUUGCCAAAGAUGAUCGACCGCAAUAAGGAGACUCAGCAGCAAUCAUUAGCGGAGCUUCAGCAAGAGCUGAAAUCGCUGAAGGCACUGCUGUUAAGUCGUGGACCUAGCUUCUCAAGCACUCCAGCAUCCCCUUUGCCAUCUCUGGCUGGAAAGCCGACAAUCCCAGCCUGGCAGCUCGCCGGGCCCAGCGCCAGUAGCUCAUCGACGCCUGUGCCUUCUGUUCCCCUCGUCCAUGGCCCGUCUUCAGAGUCUGGGGUCAGUGGGAAAGGCAAGGAGGUUUCAGAACCAAAUGGGAUGCCGUCAUGAUAUGUUUGUGUGCUCUCGUCCGUCUGCCUUGCUUUCUCCUUAAUGAUUCAGCUUUGCAAUAUGCAUGCUGGAUCAUAUCCGCUUCGUCGAUGUUGCUUGUUAGUAUGUAUGUACUAGCGCUGUACGACGAUCUACGAGCGCUCUAUGAUUAUCUUCUUCCACGUGACCCCGCCC